UUCAGAAGGCAGGCGUUAGCACACUACAAUAUCACUCGAUAGCGGAGAAGCAAGGAUUUUAUAUUAAGAUGAAUGCCAUCGCGUUGCUGUUGGUAACUUUUUUAGUUGUGCUGUGUCGAGGCAAACGCAGUCCUCUUGGAGAAUGCCCGUACGUAAGACCUCCAGUGGAUUGUGGAGGUGGACCGGGAGGACUGGAAGGACUUGGGGGACUCUUCUCCUUUGGUGAAGACAAAGACGAGUGUUCCGCUGACGAUGAAUGCUCGCCGCCGAUGAAGUGCUGCAUGAUGGGCUGCAACAAUAAAUGUGUCCAUCCCGUUACUCAAUGGUGCCAGUCUCCAGUCGAUCUCGCCAUCCUAUUUGACGCGCAGAAAUCAACAUGGCCAGUAGUGAGGAGAAAGGUUCUCAAAAUUGUCCACAAAAUGUCCAUCAGAAAUAACGGCACUCACAUAGCCUUGAGGGCAAUUUCAAAAAAGAAUCAGUUGCUGCUUGGAUUUGAUCAGCUGAAGGGCCGAAAUAUCAGCCAUGUUAAUGUAUGGAAAUCCAUGAAGGCAUUUAUACCCGAGAAAGGGAAUGGAAAUCUAAUUACAGCCUUGAAGAAUGCCAAAGACAUGUUUGAUGGGAAGAAAGGUGCAAGAGAAAACGCCAUCAAGCUCCUUCUCGUAGCAUCCAACGCAGACGUAGAUUUUGAAGAAAGCGACGCCUUGGACGAAGCUGCGCAAGAACUGAAAGAUGCUAACGUUCUGGUUCAGACUGUGGGAAUCACUAAUGAAAUGAGCCUGAUGACUAUGGUGCAGAUUGCCACGAGCGACAUUUACGUUUGGCCUGAAGUUGAUAACGAGAUGCUGAAUGAGUUGAGGAAGCUCGAGAAACAACCAUGUAGUUCUGAUGCGCAUUGAGUUAUCAAUACAACGGUCAUGAUUCAAAUUUCUUUCGUACACUUUUUUUAUAUAUACCAUGCCGUAAAUAAAAAGAGAAACAGACACUCCGAAUGUAAGAAAGCCACUGUUUAUUCAAUAAUGCUGAGUCAAACGUUCCCAUCGAGAACUGGGAUUUCAUUUCCGCCGAAAUUCUGGGCGAAGUCAUUACCGGUUUCUUUCGAGUGUUUUAACAUGUAUUCUUUAUAUGCUAUGCCAUGAUCUUUGAGAAGAAGCGUUUCAUGAGUUUUAAUUUUUGUUGAGGCCAAGGAGAGUAGGUGGUGGAGCCGCUUCAAAACCAAUGAAAAUAAAAUACGUGCGAAUGUCGUAUUGUCACUGUAUGUUUAUGGCAUGGUAUAAAUAAAUAAUGCAACACUUUCUCAUGGUGUACCUGGGAAUGUUGUGAUUUCUAUUUGGAUUUUCACGUGGGAUACGCCAUUGUUACAACUCCUAAGUUCUGCAUAACUGAUAGGUAGCUAGAAGGUUUUGAGGUCAUACUAGUAUUCUAGUUUUAUGCCUUCAUCUUAUUCACGUUAGUAUGAUAAUUUUUUUUUUGUAGGCACACUUUCGUAGUGAAAUCACGAUUUCGAAAUUAUGUACUUGAGGGCGAGAAACUUAGCAAUCGACUCAGGAGUCGCCAUCGAGAUAUUAUCAAAGCCAUUAAGUUUAAGGUUAUUUUAUAACUACACAUUGGGGGAGUAAAUAGUUUUGUAGGACAUUUGUCAUGUAUCCACAAUCUCUUUCUCUUUGAGUACGAGAUAAUUGCAAUAAAGGAUUUUACACUUUC